GCACACUGUCCGCCCAGAGACGAGAGGGCAAGCACGGCCGGGGACCACGCGGCGGAGCUCCACUCGGAUGGGAUGAAUACAACAACAUAAAAGCUCACAAUUAACCUCACUUUGUGUAUUUGUGUGUGCGCACGAGCUCAGGACUGGAGGGGAAAAAUGCUCUUCUAGCGCCAGACAUUUGCGUGGUUUUUCUCUUUCUUUUUGGACAACCGCUUGUUCAAGUUUUCCUCGAAGUGCACCUCAAUAGGUUUUUGAUUUGGUUUGGCCAGGGACGACAUGGGGAGCGAACAAUACUUGCCGGAGCUUCAGGCGGAGAAGGACACGCUGGACCCGUCUUUCCAGCACUCUCUGCGGCUACUGGAGCAAGAAAUUGACAAGAUUCAGAAAGAUGAGGGCAAGGAGGAGGAGAAGUUCAUCGACGUCGUCAUCAACAAAAACAUGAAACUGGGACAGAAGGUUUUGAUACCAGUCAAGCAGUUUCCUAAAUUUAACUUUGUCGGCAAACUUCUCGGGCCACGUGGGAACUCGUUAAAGAGGCUACAGGAGGACACCCUCACAAAGAUGUCCAUUCUGGGAAAAGGGUCCAUGCGAGACAAAGACAAGGAAGAGGAGCUGCGCCAGAGUGGCGAGACCAAAUACCAGCACCUGAACGAAGACCUGCACGUCCUCAUCGAGGUGUUUGCCCCGCCGGCUGAGGCCUACGCCAGGAUGGGUCAUGCCCUAGAGGAGAUCAAGAAGUUUCUUAUACCAGAUUACAACGAUGAGAUCAGACAGGCCCAGCUGCAGGAGCUCACAUACCUGAAUGGAGGCUCGGAGGAUGCUAAGGUGCCAGCAGUCAGGGGCAAGUCAGCCCCCCGUGCAAGAGGGACACCUGUUCCAGGACCUCCCAGGAGUCGAGGAGGAGUACCCCCUUUGCAUGCGGCCAUGCCCAGGGGAGCGGCACCCAGAGGAGCUCCGCCAAGCCGCACACCGCUGUCCAGGGGGAGGGGGGUGCAACGAACCAGGGGAGCCCCCCCAGCAACUGGCUACCGACCAGCUCCACCCAUUGUCCAGGACACUUACGACGAAUAUGACUAUGAUGAUGGCUACGGAACUACGUAUGACGACCAAGGAUACGAGUCCUACGACAACAACUACACUAAUCAAGGACAGAACUCAGAUGACUACUAUGAAUAUGGACAAGGCGGUGAAUCGUAUGAGUCGUACGGUCAAGAAGAGUGGGCAAACAGUCGCGGCAAGGCGCAGUCAGCGAGGACGAUCAAGGGAGCGUACAGAGAGCAACCGUACUCCAGAUACUGAACUGUGUCAUGGCCUACGCCCGAGUCUUCGUGGCAGUUCCAACCCAAGUAAUGGAUUUUUUUAAUGGAUGUCCCCACACUAAACUGCAGAAUAAUUAAAAAAAAAAAAAAAAAAAAAAAAAAAAAUAACACAUCUAAAGAAGGACUUUGAAUGUGUGAAAUCUGGUUGUAAAAAUGGAAGCCCCCAGCCCCUCAAAAAGGAAUAUUGGAGCUCCACUGAAAAGUAAAAAAAUAUAUAUAUUAAGGAAAUAAAAUCGUAAUAUCAUUACGACACUGAAGUCACGCAAAAACAAAAGUUUUAAAAAGUCAUAAUAUUACAAUAAGACUGUCCCCCGCCAUGCACAGUUGGAUCGACGCCCCCCCAAAAGGUUUAUCAUUGCCACAAGAUGGCAGCAAAGCCCUACUAAUGAAGCUCCUCAACUCACUUCAACAUAAUUCCUUUGCACCAAGAUGCCAUAAGAUGGCACAAAAGAAAUAUUUCCAUAUUAGACAAGUUUUGGCCUGAGCACAAAAACAAUGAAUUGAUGAAAUGUUCUGCAAAUAACGAAGUGUAACUGCCUCAUGAUCUCGCCACACGUCUCGUCUGUAGACAAAUACAGUGCAGGUCAGCCUUUGGUUAGCGGAGGCCGUGACUAGAAAUAUGCUUUGGGCAGUACGUAAAACUUUUAAUUUAAAAUGACAUCAUGAGAAUACUGAUGCAGCUCGCAAAAAAAAAAAAAUAGCCUAACCUCAUAUGUCGGACACUCAUAAACUGACCCUACCCCUGUAUUGUAGUAAUAGUACGAUACAGUAUUUUGCGAAAACAAAAUUCCAACACUAACUUUUUUCCCCCCUUAAUGUUGUGACUUCUUGUAAUAUCAUAACUUUGUCUUGUGAAAAAAAAAAAAACUGCAACACAAGAAAUUUUCCUCACCUUUAUCAUCACAUCAUAACUUUUUCUUGAUAAAUUCCAGCUAUGUUACUGCACUAGUUACUUUUUUAUUUUUUUCCCCUAAAAUGGUGUCUUUAUUUUCAUAAUAUUUUCUUCUUUUCGGUGUGGGCCUCACACUGUUCUGAUAACAAGAACUUUGCUCCUGCUGGGUCAUACAACUCAGGAUCCAUCCUUCUCUCCUGACAGAAAUCAACAGACAUAAAUCAAUUUGUUUUUCAAGUUUGUCUCUCAGCUAUGUAAGGGGGACGAAGAGUUAUUUUCAUUCAUGUAGUAGUCGCGGUGAGCUAUCGCCAUGGCCGCCGGGUGCAACUUAAUGUAUCACCCUCGAUAUACUUCUUGGUUCAUCGCUAAAGAUGUAAUGGGUAGUACUAGGACGUGCGGUAUUGUAGAUAUCUUUUUCUCGAGGAGUAAGUGGAAAUGUGUCCCUUGUAAUAUAUGCAUUUUCAAAAAAAAAAAAAAAACAUAAGUCAUACUGUAUACACAUUGUAUUGCUGUCUCCUAAUUUUUGUAAGAUACUAGUACGUCAGUGUUAAAGGGCUUAUGAAAGCAUGGCGUGCAAUGUGGAUGUUGUCAGCUGUUUUGUUCAUUAUACAAUUGUGUUAAUAAACCUCUUCUUUAAUGCGUCUAAUAAAUAGGAUUUUAACAUCAAAUACACAAAUCUGCAAAAUAGUCCACAGGUUUUGUCGUUUGUGAUUUUUAGGUUAUUGUUUUUUAUUAUUUUUAAAUGCGCUUAAAAGGGUCAUUUUGACAUCAUUAUGGAACAGAAAUUCUAAGGCCUAAUUAUGAACUUGAGUAACUCAUAUGCUUGUGAAUAUGUUCCCUUUCCCCCCUCAAGUUCGACUUGUUGAGCUUAUAUGGAUUUUUUUAUUAUUAUUUAUAAUUUUUUUCAUUUUGAGCUCAUAUAAGCCCUUUAAUAUUUCCCUCUUGUCAAUGCUGAAUAAACUUUUGAGGAAAAAAAAAAAAAGCCCUGGUGUUAUUGACUCGAUAAAAUCCAACUUUAAUUUAAACUAAAAGGCAGACAGAGAGGAGAUAAAACAACAGCAAAAAAAAAAAACGUUGCAUGAUAUUAGAGAUUUGACUUGGUGGGGAACGCCUCCUGCUGAGAUUUUGAGGAUUUCGCGCCAGUGCCGUUGCCUCUCCUCUCUGUUUGUCCGUAAAAUGACGAGCAGCAUCCGUAAACACGCAUUAACUCUGUGAGUGUUUAC